AUUCUUUCAAAAGCAUUGUCGAACCUCAGUCGGCCUUUGACCGAGGGGACCGACUCCCACGCCAUGCAUCGCACACACACGGGGGCAGCAUGAAUAGCGCAACCAAGCACACCCCUUUUCUAAAAGAUUAUUAUUUGAGGAGAGAACAAUAAGAAAACAACUGAAAAUCGAACUUAAUAUGACGAACAAUGACAAAGACCACAGUUGAACCGCAUUCUCACCGAUAUAGCGAUACAGGUACGACGAAUCGUCUUCGCACUGUAUACUGAGCCAUUCGACUGUAUAGAAUAAAAUUGCAAAUCGAAAUACCUUGGAGAAACAAGCACAGCUGAUUGAAAGAGAGGCUCAUGAAUAUCAUUAUCUGCUGGCAAAUGUAAUGAUUCAUUAAUGUUGAGUUUAUCUCUGGUUUAAGCAAAUGGUCUGAUCUGAUCGAGCAAAAAGUUAGAAUAAGAGGAAUUAAGACGAGCUGUACUGAAGGAAGUACCUGGUCGAAAACAGUCUGAAAGAAAAAAAAUCGUCGUCUGCUCACAAAGGGAAUCACGAUGAGCAUGAUGAGCAUGGAUGAUGAUAGCAACAGCCACGCCUCCUUUGAGCUUCGAGACUUCACCGUCAUAACCCCAUCAUCAUCAUCAUCAUCGGGCAACUCACCCCCUCCUCCGUACUCGACGAACUCGGACACGACGAGCCUCGAUGUCUCAUCGGUGGGCCAAGGCGAGAUCAUGGAGGACUCGUUCUCCGUGGUCACCGACAGCAGUGCGGCAUCGUAUAAUGCUGGGCGAUCACAACACCACUUUGGACUCGAAGACGACUACGAUUAUCCUGAUAUUGUACCCGCGGAUAUCCGUAAAGUGACAUUACAAAAGAACUUUCGAGGGUUUGGUUUGACUGUAGCCGGCGGGGCCGAUAGUCCGUAUGGAGAGUUGCCCGUGUUUGUGACGAGUCUUGACCCCCAAGGUCCGGCUGCUGAAUCAGGAGAAGUGAGGAUUGGUGAUCGGAUUGUAAGCGUCAAUGGAAAUGAGAUGGAAGGCAAAACUCACACUGAGGUGGUUCUGGUAAUCAAACAAGCGGGACGAAGAGUCACCCUCGAACUCACAGAGGGACCGGAAAACAUUAUGAACUAUCUCGAAUUCGAGUGACCGAUGUCACCACCAAAUAGACUUUGUUCUAUAUGAAGACACGUUGCACAUCAUAAGCCUUCGCUCGCGAUCCAUUCCCACCUGAUUUUUAUUUUGUAAAUGAAUUGUUGAACUCUACAACUGUCUGCUACAGCUGCAGGGGUUCAUUUCACACUAAGACUGACAACUAUGGUAACCUUGCAAUAAGGGCAGCUACCGUGGUAACAGGGCUCAGCGGCCUAUCACAGUCAAGGUUUCCACUGUUGGUACUAUAAUGGGAAAGUUACAAUAGUUGUUAGGUCUUUUUAAUAACUUCCCCGGGUGUUGGACGAACAACACAAUAAAGCAUUUAAUACCCCAGUUUUUGCUGUGAGCUUUUGAGUUGAACUGCGAGCCAAACGGAGAAAGUAAUGGACAUCACGUGGGUUAUCAAAACUGAACGUCAGAGGUCCGCAGUCUCGAUCAACUUCCAGCCAAUCAUACAAGAGCGAUGGUAUGACGUCAUCUGAGCGUGGUCUCGGCGAUCUACGGUUUACGGUUGGUUCAACUCACUCUCGCUCUCAACCGGGUCGUUGGCAUGUUGGAUCGUAUGACGUGCGCCUAUCGUGUGCAAUUUUGGAUACUAGCUAUGAACAUUUUGAAGAAUAAAUAAGACUGCUGCUCGACACGAUUAUUAGAGAGAUUGAUGCUGCACUAUGUUUGAAUAAAAUAUGCUAGCUCUUCAAUUUGCGAAGGUCUGGGGGAGCAUGAUAGAAUAUUGGACUGUAUUUUAUAUUAUACUGUGUGUAAAGUUGAUUGUAUGUAAAGGCAUGGUCACACCGCCCGGGCGUUGUUGGAGCGGUCAUUGGGCGGUGGGGAAAGAGGG